AUGGUGGGUGCAUUCUCACCAAAGACAACACAAACGACCACUGCUCUGUUUAACCCAUCGUCUGAAAGAACUUCAACUUCUCAUUUCUCACUCUCCAAGAACUCAGUUGUAGAUGCCAGUGGAUUUUCUUCAAACCAAACUUGUUUUCUCAGAGGUCAGUUCUGUAGCAGACAUUUUGUUGGGUUUUACUGCAAACCUGCUCGAAGAAAACAACCAGGGCAUGUUGUUUCUCCAAACUGUGUUCUUCCUUUAACCGAAGAAAAUGUGGAGAGAGUAUUGGAUGAGGUACGACCUGGCUUGAUGGCAGAUGGAGGGAAUGUGGCACUACAUGAGAUAGAUGGCCUUGUUGUGGUAUUAAAACUACAAGGAGCUUGUGGAUCAUGUCCAAGCUCGACUAUGACACUAAAGAUGGGAAUCGAAACUCGCCUGCGUGAUAAAAUACCAGAGAUUAUGGAAGUGGAGCAGAUUCUGGACACUGAGACGGGCCUUGAGCUCAAUGAGGAAAAUGUCGAAAUGCUUCUUGCCGAGAUUAGGCCAUAUCUGGCUGGCACAGGAGGUGGAAUUCUGGAGCUUUUAGAGAUCAAAGACUACAUUGUCAAAGUUCGGUUAAGUGGACCAGCAGCUGGGGUCAUGACAGUUCGUGUUGCUCUAACUCAGAAACUGAGAGAAAAAAUACCUGUAAUAGCAGCUGUGCAGCUGAUAGAAUGAUAGAAGACAUCAAAUGUAAAUUUAUUGUGAAUUUAUGAUGCAGAGAAUGGAUUGUUCGGCACAUUUUCUUUAGGGUAUGAAUUUAUCAUCCAAACCUGAAUAUGGUACAUUUUAGUAACUAGCUUCUCUAUAACAUACAAACAUAAUAUGAAGUUUUUUC